GUUGCCAUCAUGACAGUGGGUAAUUUUUCUGAGUGGCGCAAGUUGCCUGUGAGCCUGAGUGAGCUGUGCAUCAACACCACCUUGCGCUGCGGCCAAACAUUCCGAUGGCACAAUGUCCCCGACAGCGAUGAAUGGCGCUGCGUUCUCUACGGCCGACUUCUCUCCCUGAAGCAAGAUCCAACCCACCUCUACUAUCGAACCUACCUCCCUCCGCACUCCUCAAAAACAAUCCCACCUCUCCCUCCUCCCCGUUUAACCCCAAACGCCACACCCACGCAAGCCCACGAACACCCCCCAAAUACCAAACCCAAACCCCAAGCAACCAAAAAUGAUACCCUCACCACCGCCGAAAACCAUGACAAGAACGCAGACCCCAUCCUCCCCCUCCUAACAGCCUACUUCAACCUCCCCGCCAACCUCACAGCGCUGUACGAAGGCUGGUCACGCCACGACGCGAACUUCCGGAAGAAGGCGCCGCAGUUCACGGGGAUCCGGAUCCUGCGCCAGGACGCCUGGGAAGCGCUGGUGGGCUUCAUCUGCAGCAGCAACAACAACAUCGCGCGCAUCUCGCAGAUGGUCGAGAAGCUGUGUCUGCGGUACGGGCCGUUCGUCGCCUCCGUCGACGGCCGCGCGUACCACGACUUCCCUCGCCCGGAGGCGCUGGUCGCGGACGACGUCGAGGCCACGCUGCGUGAGCUGGGCUUCGGGUACCGGGCGAAGUAUAUUGCUCAGACGGCGCGGGUGGUGGCGCUGGAGCGGGAGGUCGGGUGGUUGGAGGGGUUGCGGAAUCCGGAGGUUUCGGGGGCGGGUUGUCGUGGUGAUGGUGGUGGUGCUGUGGAGGAGGAGAUGAGGGAGGAAGGGAGGGAGGGGUAUCGGCUUGCUCAUGAGAAGUUGUUGGAGUUGCAGGGCGUCGGGCCGAAGGUUGCGGAUUGUGUUUGCUUGAUGGGGCUGGGGUGGGGGGAGGCCGUGCCGGUUGAUACGCAUGUCUGGCAGAUCGCGCAGAGGGACUAUAAGUUCGGCAAAGGCUCGCAUAAGUCGCUCACCAAGGUGCUGUACGAUGCCGUCGGGAACCAUUUCCGAAAGCUCUGGGGGAAGGAGGCCGGCUGGGCGCAGAGUGUCCUGUUUACGGCUAAUCUGAGGACGUUCUCGGAUCGGUUGGUGGCGACUACUUCUAAAGUGGACGUCAAGGUUGAGGUGAAGGAUGAGGAGCGCACGGACGAGGGAGUUGAGGUCAAGACGGAGGUUACUACGGCCACAGCUAUUCCCGUGAAGAGGUCGGCAAGCGAAGACGAUGUCGAGGCCAAGGCCGAGAAUGACACGGACACUAAAGCCGUGCUGCAGGCAUCGCAGACUACGACAACCAGGCGGAUGUCCAAGCGGCUCCGGAAACGAUGA